AAGUUUGAUUGAGAAGCCGAAAUAGACGAGGCAUGAUGUUUGUUCAAGUCCAAUCAAAGAUGAAGGUUCACGUGGCUAUAGCUAUUUUAGUUGUGACCAGUACGCAUUUCGAGUCAAUGGUGUGCGCUAAAAAAAUGAAUAUCGCGGAGAUAAAAGAAGCUCUAAAGCCAAUAAGUCGUUCGUGCAAAACGAAAACCGGACUCUCGGAUGAAUUGCUCGCCGGUACGAUGAACGGAUUAUGGCCGAGGGACAGGUCGCUCAUGUGCUAUUUUAAGUGCGCGGCAGUGACGUUAAAGCUCAUGACCAAGGAAGGAGAACUAACGAUAUCGAACAUCAAUAAGCAGCUUAACAUGCUGAUAGCAGACGAGCUUGUACCACGAGUAAAAGAAAUUCUAGAAUCUUGUCUAGCAACAGUAAUCAAAUCUAACGAUGCUUGCGAGUUUGCUUUUGACAUGAUGGUGUGCUCCUACAACAUCGAUCCCGAGUUGUACUUUUUACCUUAGUUACGAUCUAAAAAGGACAGUCGAUCGAAAGAACUACCAUCACUACUACUUUCCACUUACUGUAUAUUGUAGAAAUUUAUAUCCUCAAACAGAGUAAUAACAAAAUCUAUUGCAUAUGUGUUCCUACGAGUGUAUCAGUAGUAUACUAUGACGGGCUAUCGGGAAUCUCAUAAAAGAUAUGCGAAGAAAGAACCGCUGAACCAAUCCUUAAUUUCAUAUUGUAGUCAAGCCUGAUCAGUUGUAUGUGCGUCUUCAUUUCAGUAGAUACGAAUAGAAAUGGUAACUCGUGAUAAUUCAGAACGUUCUCUCGUAAUUAAAGAGUAAAAUUUUAAAUAAUAAACUUACAUUUUGAAUUCUUUAACUUCGAACGUCAGCCUCCGCCGUUUGUUUCCGUCUGUGGCGCUCAAAAAUAUAUUUCACAGCUCUUUCGUUUCAUGAUAUGUGGUAGAUACGACGCUAAGUAAAGAAUGUGCAUGGUUUGUAAGAAGUGUGUUCACAAAAGCAGAGUAUGUCACAGUCAAGGAUAUGACCGAGCCAAGACAAUUAUUACAAAUAACUAUGUAAUACUCGUAGUAUUCAAGAGAAUAUGAUUGGGUUGGGUGAUUAUAGUAUUGAAUCAUCAUAAAGGUUCUUGAUAAAACUAUUCGAUAAAAUAUAAUUGACAAUUUCUUUGUACCAUUUACUAAAAUUAAUAAAAUAUUAUUACAC